UGAGCUGGUUUUUGGAUACCUUUGAUGAUAUGAUGGCUUAAAAUUAACCUUGAGAGAGGUUCUAGGGCCCAAGCUACUCUUGGCUGCUAUUGUCUGCCCAUCAUUGGCAAGUGGAACAUAUCGGAGGAAACACUGCAGUUCACAGGAAUUAUAAUUAGUAUUUACUACUACUGAGAACAGUUGAAACAUACCCAAAUGAGUGCCAAGCAAUUUGAAUACAGUCUCCUCUCCAUGGGACACUAAACUUUACAUACAGUAAUAUGCUACCUGAAGUUUGAGGAUUGAAACGACAUAUUUGUUAACAAGAAUCCAAAUUACUAUGCAUUCAUAAUGCAUGCAUGAGGCUGCAUCCAUAAUGCAUGGCAUGCCACAAGUCUUUGUUCACUUCCAGUUGGACUGGUCACCACAAUGAUGGCCUCACUUCUAGUAGGUCGGCAUUGAUCCCUGAUGACCCAAAUGGUUGGCCACCAUUCCUUCAUUCAUCCUCCCAUGGGUAGGGGGGGGGGUGCAUGUGUGCAUUGUGUAUUUGAUGAUAAGUAUUGGAGAACUACUGGACCAUUAGCCAGAGUGCAUGGGGGCAAUGUUUAAUACCCUGAUUGGGCUUCAGUUGUAUGCCUCAGAAAUCUUCGAGGAUUCAGUGGAAUCCCAGGUAGCAUUGCUUUUGACCAUAUCGUGUCAUGGUGUUUUAGGGCACUAGCUUGGGAGUAGCAAAUGAGCAGAUUCAAAUCAUCUUUAUUGAUUUUCUCAUUGAUACAUAACGUUAAUGUGAUUUCGUUGUGUAUUAUUAUUAUUAAUACUGUACAGGUAUUAUUAUUUAAAUGAUUCUCAAAAUUAGUGGUGUAAAGACAGUUUCUCCAUGCUUAUUAGUUCCAUUGAAUGUAUUGCCAUUGCUAUCUUUCCUAAAGAUGUGAGUGUGCCUCUGCUCAGCACAUUACAUUACUGUUUUUGAGCAAAAGGUAGCUACAUGAAAUUCCUGGAUAUUGAUUUAGAUUGCAAAUGAAUGUUAAGUCUACCUCAAUUACAUAGUUAUAGAAGUUUAAUAAAACACCAAUCAUGGAACCACAUAAAGACAAAUAAAAUCUAAAUCAGAAAUUCACAGUAACAGACAUGUAUGCUACUUCAGCAAUAAAAUAAUGCAAGAAGUCAUUUGGGAGUGAAGUGGUUCUUGAAGAUUACAAUGAGUAAUUGGAAAAUGUUUAGAAUUGGUCAUGAAAUUGUGAUUAUCUGGGUAUUUGCCAUGUCAGACUGCUCAAUGAAGAACUAGAAGACUAUAUAUAAUAAACAAAUAAGCAAGCAAGAACAAUGGCUGAUGACUGGAAGUCCUGGAACUUCCGCCAGAGGGUUGUUGCUCAGUUGGAAGAUCUUAUUCGACAAACUCCACCGGGUAACCACAGAAAUGCUCAUGACUUGGAACUCCAGGUGUUCCAGCGGGCGACUAAGAAAGAUGAAUAUCUCCAAUACAUAGGACGUAUUGCAAUGCACAUGCGGGAGAUGAUUCAGAACAGUAACCCACAAAGUAAUAACCCACAUCUUGCAGAAGUCCUAACACGUCACCCAGGGUCUGUUCCAAUGUCUGGUCCAGGUGGUCAAAUGGCAGGGCCAGGAGGACAAGUUGUAUCUGGCCCAAACACCACCACUUUAAUGGCUGGCCAGCCGGUGAAUAUGCAGGGUGCCCCAAGAAUUGGACAACCUAUGCCACCUAACAUGCCUAACCAGGCUGCAGAUAUGGCUAAUUGGACAACUAAUAAUCGACCACGAUUAAAUGAGAUGCAAAUGCCCGGUGUAAAUAAAAAACAGACAGUGAUGACAAUGAAUCAGAUUUCUCAGUCAGGGAAAAUGAGUCAAAUACAAAUGACUAUUGGUGGUCAGAGUGGCAGUACAACUCAAAUUGGACCAGUUCCAGGCCAGAUAAUUAGUGGUGUAGGUCGCGGCGCAGGUACUAUGCAGCCACGUGUUCCCUCUCCUGGAUUUCCACGUCAAGGGACACCCACACCUACAAGUGCCUCACCAGCACCACCUUUAUCUGCUCCAAAUAGCCAACCAUCGCCUGCAUUUGUAUCUCCAUCACCAUCAUCUAGCAUGGUGCCCUCACCUGCUGGUGCAAGUAACAGUGGAGGCAUGGGUAGAGGUACAAGUCACAUGGGAGCUCCUUCUCCAGGCGGAAUGAUUAACACUCCUGGACAAUCUCAGCAGCCAUCUCCUGCUGCUCAGUCGAUAUCCAAUAGCCAGGUAGAAGAUGCUGCUUAUAGGGAAAAAGUUCGCCAGCUCAGUAAAUAUGUUGUUCCUUUACGUCGCAUGAUUCAAAGAAUUGGAAAUGAAGAUGCAGAAAAGUCAAAGAAAAUGAAACAGCUUCAUGACAUGCUGCAGAAUCCUACGCGGCGAAUGCCAAUGGAAACAUUAUUGAAAUGUGAAAUAGUUUUAGAGAAAUUAGAAAUUCAUCGAGAUGCUGAGACUGAAGCUCCUGUCCCACCAAACAUGGAAACCUGCAUUGCAAACAUGGAAGAAACUCUAAACACAGUUUUAAAGUCACCUUGUGCUGCUCAUACAUUGCACCGGACAAUAUCUCCUGCCUUAUCAGUGUUGUUGGGUCCAACUUAUGUUACUCAACCAGCAAAGCAUUCUAAACGAGACAACCCUCUCCAACCUCCACCGGAGACACCAAACAUCAGUGAUAUUGUCCAAGGGGAAGUAGCUCGUCUUAAUGCUCGAUUUAGAGUCAAUUUAGACUGCCAGAUGCCACCUGGAAGUGAUGAGUUGACUCUUAUUUGUCAACUUGAUGAUCCUAAUCUCCCAUGCGUUCCUCCAAUAACCCUUACAGUCCCAGCCAAAUAUCCAGAAAAACCUCCACGAUGUGACUUGUUAACUGUUGAUUAUGAAACUACCGAUUUCUUGAGAAACAUCAGAGAAAGUAUGCUGGUCAGAUUGCAAAAUAUGCCUCCUCACUGUAGCCUCACUAUGCUGUUGCAUAGCUGGGAGAUGAGCGUGCGGCAAGCUUGUGCUCCAAAAUCAUGUGUGACUUCUGCAAUAGCUAAUGCUCUUGCAGUGAAUAGUGCAUUUUAGGUUCAGAUCACUUUUCUAUUCAUAAAGAUGUUACAAUUUCAAUUGGAAAAUUGGUUUUAGUACCAGUACAGUAUUAGAAAUUAUACAAUUUGCAUUUAUGGUAAUAAUUUAACGUGAGACAUGUUGUAAUGCACCUGUAUAAACACAAAUAAAAAUACAGUACAGUACUGUGUAUGUUACCGUGAAUUUUUAAUUAUUGCACUACAUAUUACUUUUUAUUAAGAUGUCUUACAGCAACAACUAUGGUGCAAAAGGUGCUUAAAAAUGUGGAAAUAUACCUCCAUUGGGCAGACAAUUGACUUCACACCAGUAGGUGUCUAUUCCUGCAGCUACAAUCCAGUCGAGGCGAUGUGAGGAGGAUGAGGCAGCACCAGUGGGGUGGUGUGCACACUGCUGCCUCCUUCACUACCACUGAUAUAUAGGGAAAUGAGUUGAGAUUGGAUAUAGUAGCAAAGUGGUUUUUAUUUCACCACAGAGUGCAAAAGUAGACAAACUGCAAGAUUGAGGAGAGUGUACCAAGAUGGUCUGGAAAUGCUGAACAAAUGAUAGGCUGUUCUUUCUUUACCCCAAUACUUGGAAGUUGCUUGCUCAGGAUCCUCCAACUUGGAAAAGCAAAGUCACCACAGGGGCCAGUGUGGCAGAAAAUAGACAGACUGCACAGGCCCAGAGGAAACUCGCCGCACGCAAAGGUAGAGCAACCUCCACCUCUGCAGUAGCACCCAUCCACAUAUGUCCUGUGUGUGGGUGAGCCUUCUGGACCCAGAUUAGUCUCAUCUUCCAUCAUCUGACACACAGUCACCGACCUUCAACCUGAUAUAUUGAAGUCAUGGUCAUCUUCGACUCCGAAGGACGAACAUCACCAUCAUCAUUAUCUCCACCCUUCCUAGUCUUCUGCUAUCCUUCAUCUUAGUGUAAUUACUCCUCCUUCUUCAUCUACUCUAUCCAUUGUAACCUUCACCUUUAGUCCCCAUUUUUCUUCUCAGCCUUUCCCUAUGUCCUUUGACUUUCCCCUAAGGAUUUUUGCUCCAUUGCCCUGACAAGUUGCAUUUGCAAACUUUUCGAACGUAUGGUUAAUGCCCGUCUGAUGUGGUUUUAAGACCACUAUUGACACCUAUUCCCCUCUCCAUUUGGCAUUCGCAAGUGUUGUAGCACAACUGAUAUUUUAGUGAACUUAAAGGUCUGUAUUUGUACUGUCUUUGCUGCAAAGACCUUCAUUGUUGCAGUUCUUUUUUUUUUUACCUGAAAAAGGCUUUUGACACCACCUGGAUAUAUAAUAUUUUAUUCAAACUGUGCUCUUUUGGCCUAUUCAGGAGAGGCAGGGAGACUUAAGAGGAGUCACGCGAUACACACUGUCUUGAGGACCCAUGCAGGAGGGAGCCCUUCGACAUGCAGGGAGGGAACGUUUGGAGGGAGAGCAGUUGGGUGCAAGUUGACAUUUAUGGCCUCCUUCAGGGCAUAUAAUUCUGUUUGCAAUGUUGAGCACCCACAAUUCAUGCUCCAGUAAGCUUCAUGGUUGUUAGUGUAAACUGCUGCCCCAGCAGAAUCUCUUUCUUGAUCAACUGAUCCAUCUGUGAAGAUGAUAUGGCUGUGGAGACGUCUACAGCUCUCGUCGUCCUGUUCAAGAGAGGCAGACAGAAGAGGCAGAUUGUGGGUUGUGUGGAAUAAUAAUUAGUAUUUAUACAAGAUGGUGUAUUUGGCAGUGCCCGGGUCAACCGCAAAAUGAUGCACCAUUUAAAUACUGUACUAGGAGCUCCAGAAUGCUAAUCUGCCAUAAUAUUAAAACUGCAGAAAGAAUCAAGAUAAAAUGCCAUUUCAGACUUCACUGGGGUCGCAAGGGGGCUGAUCCCAACCCUUUAUAUAUAUAUAUACAGUAUAUAUAUUAUAUAUUAUAUAUAUAUAUAUAUAUAUAUGUGUGUGUGUGUGUGUGUGUGUGUGUGUGUGUGUGUGUGUGUGUGAAAUCACGAAAAUUAACACGUGAUGCAAAAUGUGACAAUGUCAGACCACGGAGGAAGAAUUGAAACUGGAAUUUCCUUAAGUACUUUCGGAAGGAAGGAAUUCAGAAUUUCGGAAGGAGGAAUACAGUGGGUGUGGAUAUAUAGGCAGGAAAGAGGUGAAGUGAGGUACAUUGAAAUGUUUGCUGUAUUUUGGACAUGCACCUCCAAAGAGCACCUCCUAUGUGUGUUUUCUGCAAACUGUAACAAUGUAAUAACAUUGAUAAAAACAAAAGAAUAGGGGGUGGUAGGAGAGGAAAAUACUAGUGUUCAGUGAGAAUCCACAAGGUUUUCACAAGGCACUCUCUUAAAAACACUUACAACACUUAAAUCACCUGCAUUUGCUAAAAUCCUUGCAACCUACAACACUUAAAACAUGUGUAAGAUUGUUAAAAAUAUCUGCAACUGUUCAAACACUUGCAACACUUUAAUUACAUGUAACGCUUGAAAUCCUUGCAACACUGUAUGGGAAACGAGCCUACUUAACUAGUGAUAAUAACAAAUGUAUUCUGUAUUCUUAAAAUGAUACAUGUGUUAACCCGCAGUUUAUAUAUUUUUUUAUAUAGUAUGUAUAUACUAUGUAUACCGAGACGGUUUUUCUACCAUUUGACAAGGUGUUAUUCAUAAAACUUAUAUAUUGCAUAUCCUCUGAUAUAUAAUACAUAUGUAUUAACUUUGAUGUAAUGUAUCUUCUAUUAUUAAACAUGUAUGCAUUUUCUUCCACAAAAUAAAUAAAUAAAUAAA